GCAAGUUUCUAUCUUGCAAAGGUGUGGAAGCUGGUUGAAGAGAGGGACGAAACAUUAUAAAGGUGUGGAAGCUUCUUUUUAGUAGACGCGGUUUAAAACUGUGAGGUUGAUGACGAUAUGUGACGGUGUAAAGUGGACAAUAUCUCUUAUAUCAGUUAUUUCGGUUAGAUUUCUGUUAGAUGUGACAUGGGUUCACAUCAUCUUUAUCUUUAUCUUCUUAUUUACAUAAAGAGCAUGUUAGCUGUCGUUACCAUAACAGUUAUGUCUACAUCUUCCAAAACCAGAAAAAUCCGAAACCCAUUAAUUCAGUUCCUCGUUCUUCGAUCUCCCUGUGGGCGCGCACAAAUCCGGAUUACCCACCAAAAAUUUCCCCCCAAUUUCCUGCAUGGCCAAGCCUCGCCCAAACCCAGUUAUAUAUAUUAAUCUUUGUUUCAAUUUCAGAAGUAGCAGCUUAUGGGAAUCGGGGUUUGAUUCUUCUGAAGCUUCUUCGUUCUUUAAUGGCGGUGUUGAAAGGGAAAUACAUCAAGUUUCCGGGCCGGACAUGGUCCACAUUCAAGCUUUCCAAGAUAGUCAUGGCCUUCCUUUUGGCACUUGGGAUUUCCAUGUUCAUCGCUUUCCGAUUCUUCUCUCCUACUGAAAGUUCUCAUAGCAAUCUACUCCACCGGCUCGCUUCCGUCCAGCAUAGAGCCGUUCAUAGUGAUGGAUUGGGGAAGAGAGAGGAUCAAUGGGUUGAGUUCAUUUCAUGGGAGCCUAGGGCUUUUGUUUAUCACAAUUUCUUGUCCAAGGAAGAAUGCUUGUAUUUGAUUAGUCUUGCAAAACCUUACAUGAAAAAAUCAACUGUGGUUGAUAUAAAAACUGGCAAGAUUAAAGAUAGCAGGACGCGCACCAGUUCCGGGAUGUUUCUGAAUAGAGGGCAUAACAAAAUUGUCAGCAACAUAGAGAAAAGAAUAGCAGAUUUUACAUUCAUUCCCGUAGAGAAUGGAGAAGCACUUCAAAUUCUGCACUAUGAAGUCGGGCAGAAGUAUGAUGCUCACUAUGAUUUCAUUUCUGAGGAGUUCAUCCGAAAAGGAGGCCAAAGAAUAGCCACCCUUCUCAUGUAUCUGUCAGACGUCGAAGAAGGGGGCGAGACAGUGUUCCCAGCAGCCGAAGGGAACUUCAGCUCUUUGCCUGGGUGGAAUGAACGGUCUGAAUGUGGUAAAGGUGGUCUCUCUGUAAAACCAAAGAUGGGAGAUGCAUUAUUGUUCUGGACCCUGAGGCCUAAUAAUACCUUAGAUCCUACAAGUUUGCAUGGUGCUUGCCCUGUCAUAAGAGGGAACAAAUGGUCAUGUACAAAGUGGAUGCAUGUUAAUGAAUACUAAUUCAAAGGUAAGUUUUCCACUAAUUUUAGUACACAAUAGUCUUAUAUCAUAUAUACACUUAUAUACUUAGGUCUCAGAUUAGGAUUUAAGAUUCUAGUACCUGAUGGUCUCAAUAUUUUCUUGGGUCUCUUGUGCGGCAUACCACACCACCUACUUGUUGUCGUAGACUAAUUCUUACAAACCAACACGACCUAC